GAUCAACAUGUUCUCGAGUGGGAAGAUCGCGACGGCGAUCGUGCUCUGUACAACGGUGCUGAUCUAUCAUGCACAAAGCCAAUCUUGCCCGGAGAAGAAUGGCCGCUUUCCCGUCUCGGAUCAGUGUGACGCAUACAUCGAGUGUGUGGAUGGAGAACCGAAUCGACAACUCUGCCCGGACGGUCUGCUGUUCAACGACAAGGCAUCGGUCUUCGCCUACCCGUGCCAGUACCCGAUCGACGUAGACUGCGGUAGCCGCACGCGCACCCAACCGGCCAUUCCGACGGAGGACUGCCCGCACCAGUUCGGCUACUACAAGGUCGGCGAUCGGGCCAACUGCGGACAGUUUAAGAACUGUGCCGGUGGGACGGCGUAUGUGCUCGAUUGCCCGAUCGGGUUGGCCUUCAACUCGGCCACCUAUCAGUGCGACUGGGCCGACCUGGUGGAGGACUGCGAUGCCGAGGCGUUCCUCGGAUUCCGAUGCCCCCCGCAGGCGCAAGGACUUGUCCAGCCGGUGCGCUUCUUCCGUGCGCCGGACGAUUGCCGGAAGUUCUUCCUGUGCGUGGACGAUAGGCCGAGGCUGAACUUCUGCGGCCCGGAUCAGGCGUUCAACGAACUCAUUAACGCGUGCGAUGGAGUUGCCAACGUGACCGGGUGUGCUUAGGGCAAACUUCUCCGGCGGAUGUGUUUAAUCUAAAAGUUCACUAAUACUCGAUUCUAUACGUGCUAUCCCUUCUAUUUUUAGUAAUGUGUAACGCGUGUGAAUAAAAAAA